CUAAAAAAGUUAAUCGGUGCGUUCGUUCGGUUUAUUCGAAAUUGUGUGAGUGGCCGACUAACAGCAAAGAAAUUGUGAACAAGUGACGGCUUUUUCGAGUUCCGUGCGUGCGUCAUUCCAGCCUGAGCCAUUGAGUUUCGUUUUGAAGCGGAGAGAAAAGAGCAGCGCCAAUCGAUAAUCGAAAGAACCGUUCCGAGUUGGAAGAAAGUGCAAACUGAACGUCAAUUGAAUCUCUGUUCCUCCUGCGUGUCCGUGUUGCAAAAUCGUUAAAACUGCCGCUCACAAACAUUCGCUGCGAUGGCCACCUCAUCGAUACUCGCCAAAAGCACAAUUAACAGCACAUCCCCACCGGCCACGCCCAGCAGCAGCGCCUCCACAUUGACCACCCGGAAGCGGACCUACGAGACAGCCAUUGCCAUGCCGUCGUCCACCUCCAACUCCACAUCCACAAAGGGAUCAGAAGUUCAGGAUAAGCGCACAAGCAGUCCUAAUCUAUCCGGCGGAAAGUCAAAGUCCAAGGAGAGCGUCCAGCUGGACAGCGUGCUGGUGGUCUCCAGCGAGGGAGCCAGUGAGCCCACCACCGCGGCCACCACCUUGAGGGACAGCACGCGCACCAUCUCACAAAGCGAUGCCGAUGACGGGGGCGAGGCUGUUGUCGCCGAGGACGCUCUGUCCUCCAUCUCAGCCGGCAUUACCACGUCUGAUUACCUCAGCGGCGGCGUCAAGCGCAAGUACGUUCCGCAGCAGCACACCUCACCAGCACCCCUGGUGGUCCCUGCACCCACUUCGCAGCAAAUCUUCAACGGCAGCGGUGCCUCCGAAUUUGCGACCAUUUGUAAGCCGGCUCCCUUCUCCCACGACGAGGAGGCAAUGCUGGAGCGUGAAAGAUGCGACUACACGAAGCGGAUCACCUACCAGAUGGCCCGCUCCGGCCAGACGAACCGCCGGGUGAGGGUCUACGCCGACGGCAUCUACGAUCUGUUCCACCAGGGCCAUGCCCGUCAAUUAAUGCAGGCCAAGAACAUCUUUCCCAACGUGUACUUAAUCGUGGGUGUGUGCAAUGAUGAGCUGACCCAUCGCAUGAAGGGGCGCACCGUGAUGAAUGGCUUUGAGCGCUACGAGGGAGUGCGUCACUGCCGCUAUGUGGAUGAGAUUGUCCAGAACGCACCAUGGACGCUGUCGGAUGAGUUCAUUGCCGACAACAAAAUCGAUUUUGUGGCCCACGACGACAUUCCCUAUGGCACCGACGGAAUGGACGACAUCUAUGCUCCGCUGAAGGCACGUGGCAUGUUCGUGGCCACAGAACGCACGGAGGGCGUGUCCACCUCGGACAUUGUGGCCCGCAUCGUCAAGGACUACGAUCUGUAUGUGCGUCGUAAUCUGGCCAGAGGCUACUCGGCCAAGGAGCUGAAUGUUUCGUUCCUGUCCGAGAAGAAAUUCCGACUGCAGAACAAGAUGGAUGAGCUGAAGUCGCGCGGCAAGCGGGAGCUGAGCAAGGUGAAGGUGGACAUCAUCACCAAGUGGGAGGAGAAGUCGCGCGAGUUCAUCGACACGUUCCUGCUGCUCUUCGGACGCGAGAACCUCAAUCAUUUGUGGAACGAGUCGAAGGGCAAGCUGCUGCAGGCCCUCAGUCCGCCGGGCAGCCCGUCGGGAUCGGUCAAUGGCGACGAUACGGAGGGUGGCGAGGACUAUAGCGAAUCUAUUGACGAGUACUUGGAGAUGGCCGAGAAGCUGAGCGAGGGCAGCGGCAGCAGUGGUGGCUCCCUGAACGGCAAGCAGAAGCGAUCCUCGCUGGCCCGUCGCAGCUAUCAAAGUCUGCAGAGUCGAUCACCACCAGAUUUGGACGCGGAUGGGGAGGAGCAGGCGGAUGAGUACGAGCGACGCAGCGAUUGAUUCUAGUGUGCUGCGGGAUCGGGCACAACCUUUUCUUCAACUCUUAUUACUACUGUCUUUGAUGCUAUUGUAAAUUGACUUGUUGGCCAACAAGUAACAAGUUCGACGGCACACUCUAGAUGCCCUAGGAUCUAGGAUCGCCUCGCAGGCUACUCCUCAAGCCCCCAUCUAUUUACUCUAGCCCUAAGUGGUACUGUAAUCCCCUAGUUUUAGUUGGCACUCGUUCUCCUCCUUCUUCUUCCACACCACCAAUUCCCAUCUCCACCUUUGAGAAUCGAGGAAAUCGAAAUCCUGUAGCUAAUUCAGCUGUGUGUGGAACGUCAAGCAAACCAACGCAGAAAAGACUCAUUUUUGUAUUAGGCACGAAAUCGGCAGCAAAGGUAGUUUGAGGUGCCGCAAAUAUCUAGAAAUAUUUAUAUUAAAUUAUUUCGCAUAACAUUAAACUAAGUUAACAACACAACAACAAGAAGAACAUCAACCAAUAUAAGGAAAACCAAACAAAACGCAUUCGAAAAUACAAAAGAAAAACAAGAAACAGUUGGCAAUAGCGGAAUUAUUGCAAAUGCUUUGUUAAAUAUUUUUUGAAAAAUAAACAUUGAAUCGAAAGAAAGAAA